UUCACAUGAUUAAAUGAUUUUGAGUCAACAAAUCAGUGCUAAGCAAUUCAAUUUUUAUGAUAUUUGAAUAUUUGGUAACACUAUAAAUACCAUGAACUACAAAGUCACUUGAUCAUCAAUUAAUCUUUCUCAUUUUAAUUUUCCUUAAAUCAUUCGAAUAUUCGAUAAUAUGGGUGCAGUCACUUACGAUAUGGAGAUUCCUUCUUCGAUCCCAGCUUCGAAGAUGUUUAAGGCCAUCGUUCUUGAUGCUGACACGCUCAUUCCGAAGAUAAUGCCACAUGCUAUCAAAAAUGUGGAAAUAUUGGAGGGAGAUGGUACUUGUGCAGGUACGGUCAAGAUCAUCCAUUUUGGAGAAGGCAGCAAAUUUAAGAGCGUCAAGCACCGUGUCGAUGCUCUCGACACUGAGAAUAUGACGCACAGCUACAGCAUUAUUGAAGGAGAUGCUUUAAUGGGAGUUGUCGAAUCGGUCACUUAUCAUAUUAAGAUUGUUCCGACCGAAGACGGAGGCUGCAUCUGCAAGAACCGAAGCAUUUACAAUGUGAAGGGAGAUGGUCAUGAGAUUACCGAAGACAAAAUAAAGGAAGGCAAAGAGAAAGCAAUGGCUAUGUUCAAGGCUAUCGAGGCCCACCUCCAUUCCAACCCCGAUUACUAAACUUUUACGGGAUUAAACGCCCUCUUUCAAUAAUCAAUAAUAUUGCUCGUGCGAGUUUUUUUCCGUUAUUUUUUUACUUCUGAACCUAUGCAUUUGUAAGUUGUAGACUCAAUAAGCUGUGCUUUUGUCAUGG